UGUCACCCUCUCUGUCACCCUCUCGGACACCCCCCGAUCAAGUGAACCCUGAACAGGCAUGGCAUACACGUGUGGAGGUAUCUGAACUUGCGCCUGAAGAUCCGACGAUGCCAAGAAUUAAUCGAUCAGAAGGGCGCAAUGUGCACAUAUUCAAUGCAGCCGACCCUACCUCAGAACUCGGCGGUUUGAUUAGAACGAGAGGCGUCACAAACAAAAAUUUAUACGACAUGAUUGAGAUUUUUGUGGUGGUUACAAGCGAGUUUACGUUACGAAAUGAUGGUGAUAUGACUAUCGCAAAGGAUGACGCCCAGCUUGAGCCUGGAAAUUACUUUAUCUGUGCUGCUGAUCCUUUCGAAUUAAGCGACGAGGCGCCUCUAUUUCGCGCCAUAUCCCUCGGCACUGGAAGCCGUACAGAAGCAUUUCGAAAUGAAGUUCGCCACCGAGACAGACGUUGCGUGGUAACUGGCCAUGAGGUCGGAUCAGCAUACAGAAUUCACUGGCGUGGAUUUGAAGUGGGCCAUAUAUUUCCAAUUGCGUAUGAAGCACAGUGGACGGCGCAGAAUUUUAGCCGUUGGAUUACAAUUUUACCGGAACGAGGUGGCUCAAUAAACUCGGUGCAAAACGGCCUCCUUCUGCGGAGCGAUAUUCAUCAGCUCUUUGACGGCUACGAUUUUGCGAUAAACCCCGACGACAACUACAAGAUAGUUUUUUUUGUUGAGGAUACAUACAACCUUGCAGGGACAUACUUGGACCGGAGACUCCUAGACGACCCUCAACGACCAGUAGACCAGCUCUUUCGAUGGCAUUUCCGACAAGCUGUGCUGGUUAAUAUGAAGGGGGCUGGGGCGCCCGAAUUUGAGCAUGAUUUUCCGCCUGGAGCAGACCAGAUCGGAGAGAUCCUCAGUGGCCCACAAUCAGCCGAGAGGAUGGAAUACGAGUUGUUCAGUCGAUUCGCAUCAGAAUUUGACGGGUUGUAGGAGCGGAUUGUAUAAAUUAGAUGGCACGAAUCGAUCAUGCCGCCAAAUCGUCUAUGCCGCAAAUCGUUCAUGCCGCAAACUCGUUCAUGCCGCAAACUCGUCCAUGCUGCAAAUCGUCCAUGCCGCAAAAUCAUCCAUGCCGCAAAAUCGGCCGUGCCUAUUUUUACCUUGUCUGGUUCCUUACUCGCACGAAGAAGCAUUGUAGUUGUUUUUGAUAUCCGUGUUGGUAGGAGAGGUGCAUUGCCACCGGGAGCUCCUACAGUGGAGUUGAACCACCCUGCUGUCACUCUCCUGAUAGGUGGGGUUUGGGGCGUAGUAUAUAGGCUUCUAAGGGCUAAUAUAUAUCGCCAUUACGAUUUCAGUCAUAUCGGGACUUUAUUGAUUUUUAGGUAGAGUCGGUAGAGUCUUCUACGUCAGAUUGAGUUGGUACUAUGAACUCUUGGAGGUCUAGUGUGUGGUCUGACCAUUCUGCGAGGCAGCGUGGCCUGCGGAUGAUUCUAAUAUCUCGAGGGUUUUCACCCCAUAAUUGUUCGAAGAUUUUUGGAUUGUGUAUGGUGCUACUGUAGAGCUCCUUAGUGCUAAGGAUUCUUUCAGUGAGAAUACGGUCCUUAAUCAUACUGCGGAAGAUAGUACGGGUAAUGUUGGGUCCCCAUAGCUGGUUAGGUUCCGAAAAUGAGUGUGAUAAGUAGGCUUUCCAGAGUACAGUAGUCACUGCGCUGGAUGACUUCUGGGAGUUUUCCAAAGUGCCAGUCGGGCGGGAGAGUCUGCUCUUGGCCUUGCGGCAAAGUCGGACUGCUUGAGGUCCAUGAGACGAUGUCGAGCACACAAGUGUAGGCUACUGUCUUCUGGAGAAAGUUCAAUCGGCCAGUACCAUGCGCGGGAGACGAGUUUUGGAACAUUGCUCGAACUUUCGACUGCUAAUAUCGAUAGAGACAUUUUCCAAGCUACAGAUGGAGGAAGGCUUGUAGUACCGAUGUGACCCGGUCAGGAGUGUUGAGCGCAAUUUAUGAAAAAACUGCAAGGUAACCACGCUGCAGUGUGAAUCUUGAAACAAAACUCCGUAGUAGCAUCAUGUGGCCCUAUACAAAAGUCACCAGGCUCAGCUA